AUGGACGCCUACUUGCGCUCCCUCGGCCUCUACCGGAAGCCGGUGGCCAAGGACGGCUCCUGCCUCUUCAGGGCGGUGGCCGAACAGGUAUUGCACUCUCAGUCCCGUCAUGUCGAAGUCAGGAUGGCUUGCAUAGACUAUCUUCAGAAGAACAGAGAAAAAUUUGAAGCGUUUGUGGAGGGGCCAUUUGAAGAGCAUUUAAAACGUCUGAAAAAUCCACAGGAAUGGGUUGGACAAGUGGAGAUAAGUGCCCUUUCUCUUAUGUACAAGAGAGAUUUUAUAAUAUAUCAGAAUCCAAAUGUUUCUCCUUCCCAUGUCACUGAAAAUAGCUUUCCUGAAAAGGUAUAUCUGUGCUUUUCUAAUGGAAAUCAUUAUGAUAUAGUCUAUCCCAUAGGGUAUAAAGACAGUUCUGCUCUGUGUCAGUCUCUCCUGUAUGAAUUGCUUUAUGAGAAGGUAUUUCAUGUGGAUGUUAGUAAAAUCAUGAGGGAACUUUAUACUUCUGAUGAGGUAGUUGAAGAAAGUACUGAUAACUGUGAAAUAUCUGAUUCUGAUGAUGACAGUUACAGGAGUACAAUUACAGCAGCUAAUGAUAUGAAUGGAUUUAAGUCUCGGUCAGGCAACCAGCAUUUUAGGAACAAUGGAAACUCAACUUCCCUUCCCAUAUCUAGAAAGGUUCUCAAAUCACUCAGUCCAAAAGUCUAUAGAAAUAUUGAAUAUGAAAUCUGGCUUCAGUCCAAACAAGCCCAGCAAAAAAGUGACUUUUCUCUAGCUACUGGCUUGCAGUAUGAUGUUGGAGACAAAUGUAAGGCACGUCUCAAUGAAAAUGGGAAGUUUCAUGAUGCACGCAGUCAAGAUACUCACUCUGAGAAUGGACCAGUUUUUGAAGAGGAACAUGGAGCCAAGUAUUCUGUUUCUCUGAAGAACCUCAAACCACUUCCUCAGACAGAAAGAUGGAACACCGUCUACGGGAAGAAGAUAAAAAAGCCUCCUUCAACCCCUGGACAAAAUUUUCAGCCUGAUGCAGAUUGCAGAGGGCCAAAAAGUUCAAGCAAGCCCAUAAAAUCCCAGUCACCGCUACCUCCUCGACUUCAACAAACAGUUGUAACUAAACAGCAGACUCUCUCCUGUCAGUCCCAUGGGCCACCUCCUCAGCAGGCCUCAACCGAGCACAAAUUGCUAAGCAGGACUCCAUCCCAGGGUAUAAGAAAACCAGAACGUGAGAGAACUGAAGAUUCUGACCAGGCUAGCAGAGACUGUAACUAUUUUGGCCUUUCUCCAAAAGAGCGCAGAGAGAAACAGGCAAUAGAAGAAUCUCGCUUGCUUUAUGAGAUUCAACAACGAGAUGAAAAGGCCUUCCCAGCCCUUUCUAGCCCAUCAGUUUGUCAUACAGCUGCUCAGACUACUAAUACUUGUAGCCAGAGAAAGCUACCGGGGAAUGAACGAAGAGGGAACAGGAGAAGAGUGGAUAUAGAGGAGCAAAAAGAUAAGGAUGCAAAUCUCAAGCAGAUUCACGUAGAUCAGAAAUAUGAGCAGAGUACCUCUGAGUUUCCAAAGAAUGAUGGCGAUGGCAGUAAGUGUCUAAGAGCUUCAACUCCUUCAAAAUUGAAGAAAACACAACCCCCAUGUCCUGCUGAACAAAUAACAGCAGAACCUGUGUCAUUAGCAAAUCCAUCAGUCCUCCUAGCCCCUCCUGAGGUACAUUUGCCUCCCACAGUGCCUUCUUUGCCAGCCACUGUGCCACCAUGGCAGUGUGAUCCGGCAGCUUAUGGACCUACAGGUGUUCCCUCUCAAGUUCCUGUUUUGUCGGUGACACAGACUCUGACCGCUGGACUGGAUUCUUCUGUGUCACAGGCUCAGUUAACCCCAACUCCUGUAGCUCCAGUUCCCCUGCCUAUCCAAGCAAUUAACCAGCCUAUAAUGCCGUUGCCUCAGACCUUGAGCCUUUAUCAAGACCCACUUUUCCCUGGGUUUCCUUUGAAUGAAAAGGGAGAGCGAGCCACAGCACCAGCGUUUUCACUGUGUAAUACUGGGGAUGAUCUACCUAAAGAUAAAAACAUCCUCCGGUUUUUCUUCAAUCUUGGUGUGAAGGCAUUCAGCUACCCCAUGUGGGCUCCUCAUUACUAUCUGUAUCCACUGCAUCAGGCUUAUUUCACUCCAUGCAGAGUGUACACGAAGGUUCCCGUUCCCGUGUGUCCUCACAACUACUGGUUCCAGGAAGCUCCUCCCUCUCAAAGUGAACACGAUUCCGUGUGUACAGACGGACAUUUUCCCGAACAGAACGAGGCCAGCGCAGAUGAGCAGGGUGCGCAGGCUGAGCCUGCACCUCCGUCAUCCUUCCCCCCCCCCAUGGCUAUGCCUCCGUCUCAGGGGUCUGAAUGUCAACAACAGGUACCUCACCAGGGGGAUCUAGAAUCCGUGAAUGUCGGACAGCCUCUUCAGGCUAAUUAUGAAGAGUCACUGGAGGGCAAGAGUGCAUUUCCGCAGCCUCCCUUUGGUCCUGGUCCGUUUUUAGGAGCCGUUCCCAUGCCGCCUCCUUAUUUCCCUCCUUUUUGGUAUGGGUAUCCGUUUCAGGGCUUCGUUGAGAAUACCGUCAUGAGGCAUAACGUUGUCGUCUCUCCCGAGGACAAGGGGACACUAGACGUCCCCCUGGAGGACCUAGAUGCCCCUAAGGAAUGUGAUUUAGUUUCAGCAGACCAGGAAGCCAGGAGGGAAGGAGCCCUACCUUUCAAUACCGUCCCCAGAGAGGGUAGUGUCCAAAGCGAACAAUCGACCCGGGAGCAGAAAGUGGAGCAAACCCCUGCCGUUUGCCCUCCUGCUACAGAGGUAAAGGCUCACCGUCAUCUUCCGGUCCCAAACGUGGAAAGGAAGGCUUUGCCGUUGGUUCCAGGCUCUCGUCUUAAAAGUACCGCUCCCACGUCCAAGGAGAAACCAGAGGAAUUGAGAGAGGCCCAGGCCGCGGGAACCACGGCCAGUUCAGUUGACAACAGAGCGCAGAGACCGAGGGAGGAGAGUUCUGAAGACGAGAACGAGGUGUCUGAUAUUCUGAAGAGUGGUAGAUCCAAGCAAUUUUAUAAUCAGACCUACGGAAAUAGGAAGUAUAGGCAUGACUGGGCCUAUUCCGGUAGAGGCGGCUAUCCCCAUCCCAGAGGUGAGGAGCCUUGGAAAGGGCCUCCCAACCGGAGCAGAGAGGAAGGCUUCCAGUAUCAUCGCCAUUUUAGGGGGCGACCGUUUAGGGGUGACAGGAGAAAGUCAGCGAUGGGAGACAGUCACAGGGGACAACACCCUUAGAAAUCGCCCGUGCGGGCUUCAAAGCAAAAGGGGUUUCCGAAGUGGAACCUCCGUAAUGUUGCCGAAGAGUUGUCAGUUUAUUUAUUAUAUAAACACCUCAAAACAAAUUUCACUCCCCUGCCCAUCCUUCUCCUCCCGUAUCCCUUCCCCUCUUUCCCUUUCCCCCUUCUCUGGAACAAACUAGUAACCUCAGAGUGAAGCCUAGGGGCAAGUGGCUCCCCGGCAUUACAAGCUUUUGGCAUUGACAUGCUACUUUUGGUUUAGUUACUUGUAGGUUAUUCUUCUUGUGGUUGUUUUUCAGAUAUGAAAGCAGAAACAGCACCUGUUUAUUAAGUAUAAAAAUAAGAUGUUUAAAAUAUAAAGCAGAUUUAUUGUUGGUUUUUUUUUUCUCACAAAGGUUGUUUUGGAUAAAUGUUCAAAACAACUGCAAUGUUUACUGAAGUGACAGAAAUAUAGCAUUUGACCUACCGUAGAGUCCAAAAAUAGGUAACAUCGCACCAAAUAGAAAAUUUAUAUUUUAUUAUACGAUGCCUUAGACAUAAACUGGGCUAAAGAAGAUUCUCAGCCUUAUAGCACUGUUGUUUUUGAAAUGCUUCCAAGUCCAAAGGCCUUUCAUCUCAAUUCUGUCAAACUUGAAUAUCUUGUCUUUAUUAUACCUAAGGCAGCCAACUAACUUGUGUCUUAGAAAUGUUGUAUAUAGUUCUUUUAAUAUUCAUAGGGUAUAUUUUUGAAUUUAAGAAAGAAAUUGUUGAAAUAGACUUUAGUCAGCAGUUGAGUAGAUGUUUAUGAAUUGAUAGGAAAUGUAAUCAAAUGGCUGUUCCACCAAGAAUUCAUAGCACUGGGACAAAUAUAAUGGUGCCUACUCGAAUGGAGUGUAGAUGCUAUGCAUUUUGAAAAUAAUUCUGUACCUGGUAUAACCACAGAAGUUUUUAAAUGCCACUUUAACACUAAUGCACUGACAAGAGUCUAAAUAUUUUGUGAGAAGAGAUGCGUAAACAUGAGGGUUUUUUGUUUUGUUGGUUUUUUUUUUUUGCUUUGGCUUGACAAAGGUUUAAAUGGUGAUCUACUGUGUUUAUUUCUCCUUGCACUGUUCGUUUUGUUUGUUACCCUUUGCAUGUCCAGUCUGAUAGCUAAAACUACUCUAUAAAACCCAGAAGAUUUUGACUUCCAGGUCUUUUAUAGAGGCUGCUAAAAAUUGGGUUUUGCCUUGCAUUUUAAAAUGACUUGUCCCCUUGGUUACCUUGUUUCUUUUGACAAGCUGUCAUUCCCGUGUUCCCCUUCCACACGAUCCCACCUCAGCCCAUGCAGUAUUCCUCGUUAUUGCCUUUGCAUGGUGCACUCGGAGUUUGGAGAGUUGGCUCUCUAAAAUAACACAGUAUUCGCUCAGCUAGAAUGCUUUGUAAAACGAUCUGGGGAGUGGAUUUUAUAUAACGUUCAUCCUGGGUGUAAAACGUGCUCCUUAUACAUUACCUUUUGAGGAAGAAGCUUGAGUGUGGUAUACAUUGCUGUGCAAUUUACAUGUUUUUUGCAUGCCAUGUAUAACAUACCUGGCCAGAAAUAGACAAACGCAACCACCCCCACCGUACAAAGAUCCUUCAGAAGAUCCUGCGCCGACUUUUGUCCGAGAGCCUGUCCAUUUCUGGUACAUAGGAAACCUUCAGAAAGGCUUAAAAUGCUGGCAAGAUUUGAUAAAUCUUUGCUGUUUUGUAUUUCUCCCCAUUUACCUCCGUUGUUC